AUGUUGUUCCACGCGGCGGGCGCGGAGGGCAGUCGGCCGACGUUCUUCGAGAUGGCGGCGGCCGAUUUCCUCCCCGCCUCGCUAAAAGCCGCCGCGCUAUACGCUCUAGGGGUGUUGGCACAGCACCGCCCUUCGCUGCACCGCCUGCUGGACCACAGCGACGAGCUCGCUGCUGCUGCGCUGCUGCUGCUGGAGUGGCACUCGCUCAAAACGCAUGGCGCCUCAUUUGGAGAAUCCAUGUACGGCCUUCGCCGCAUCUCCACCGUUCCCCACCGCCCUUCACCCAGCCAAGCAGCAUUACGAACAGGGGGCGCAGCAGGGGGAGCAGCAGGGGCGGAGGGGGCAGGCAGAGGAGAGAGGGCGGCAGGGGGUCAGGAGGGCGGGUCAGCAUCAUAUGGCAUGUCUCGCAAGCAGGGGCGCUUUCUCUUCUCUUUCUGGUCAGUGCCCCUGCCAAGCUGUGCGCUCUGUUUGCUGCCCGCCAGAGGCAAAGACAGGCCGGCUCUUUAUAUCGACUCAACUACACCCCAUACCCCCUACCACAUACCAGGUGCUGCUGCCCUACCUGCGCGCCAAGCUCCACGCCCUGUUUGCCGCCCGCUAGAGGCAGAGGCAGGCCCGCUCUUUAGGUCGACUCAAAACACUCCCUACCCUCUACCACAUACCGCAUACCAGGUGCUGCUGCCCUACCUGCGCGCCAAGCUGCAUGCUCUGUUUGCCUUCCGCCAGAGGCAGAGGCAGGCCCGCGCGCUGUGGGUGGGGGGCGAUGGGGCGGACGAGGGGUGGGGGGGAGUGGAGGAGGGGGAGUGGGGGACGGGGAGGGAUGGGGGAAAUAAUGCUGCUCUGGGGCAAGGGGAUGGGGAUGGGUAUGGGGAUGAGUAUGGUGGGGCCAUGGGAGGUGAAGAGCGCAGUGAGAGUGGCAGCAGCCCUGGGAGCAUGGGCUCUGUUGGUUCCCUGCAUGGGCACGAACAGUCAGCUGAUGGGCUGGGGACUGAUGGAUUGAGGGAUGAAACGCCAGGGGGUGGGGGUGUGGCAGCAGCAGCAGCAGCGGCAAGAGUUACGGAUGGGCGUGAAGAGGGAGGAGAAGGAGAGGAGGAGGUGGGCGGGCAAGGGGGGCAGGUGGUCACAGGAGGGGCUGCUGCUGGCAGUUCAGAUGCCAGAGGCAAUGGGGGAAGGAGGAGCAGUGCAAUUGGCAGCAGCAGCAGCAGGAGCAGUGCGAGGGGCAGCAGGAGGUGGCGGCAGGUGGUGCGAGUGCUGCGGUGGUUGCAGCGGCGGGCUGUGAGAGGGGCCGCUGCCGCGUACCCCUGGGUGCAGGCGCCAUAUGAAGGCGUGUGUCUGCUGUACCAGCUGCUCUACGUCAUGGACGCCACGCCUCACUACUCGCCCGUACUGCACCUCCUCUCCCUCUCGCUGCGCCGAGCCACUCCACAGGAGCUGAUGCAUGCAUCUUCUUCUCUCCCAUCCCUGCCGUCUAGGCAGAUGCAUGCAUCUUCUUCUCUCCCAUCCCUGGCGUCGGCAAGUGCCUCAGACCCAUCGCCCCUCCCCUCCCACCGUGCAGGCCGAGGCCUCUUCCUCCAUCUCCACCCGCCGUCAGCGAGAGUUCGAGCGCCUCCCGGGGUCACCUGCAAUAAGGGUGAGAUAUUGGGCCAAGCCGUGCAAGCAGCGCUCCUGAAAGCCCUCUACUUCACAAUGGACUAUGCCCAGACGUCUGUCAUCGCUGCGGUCUUUGCCUUCAAGAUGGCCGAGUGGUGGUACCAGACAGGCGAGCAGAAGCUCAGUGCUCCCACUGUGUACCCUCCACCACCACCCCCACCACCGCCCAAGGUGGCCCCUGCAGGCAUUCCCGUGCCUGCCGAUCGCUCCCUGUGUCCGCUCUGCCUCUGCCGUCGCACCAACCCCACCGCCCCUGCCACCUCCGGCUUCAUCUUCUGCUACCCCUGCAUCUUUGCAUACGUGGAUAAGUUUGGUCGCUGCCCCAUCACCCACCACCCCACCACAGUGGACCAACUUAGACGACUCUUCCCCGACGCAUAG